AAAAUGAUUCCGACAAAGGUGUACACUAGGCUGAUCCCCUGCUAACAUCUAAAGGAAUAACGCGUUCAGUCAUUUUCAUUCUUUUGAUAUGAGGUUUUAUUGUACUUUUUAUGAUUAUCAUUUCAAUUUAAAGACAAAAAAAACACUGAAAUGCACCAAUAAUCAUUUUAUUAUGGAGGGGAAUCCGGAAGUUUGAGAUUAUACUCAAUCAUCUUGACACUGCUGCUAUCAGAGUAGUGUGUUCCUGGAAAGUGAGGAUCUUUCUUUAAUUGGGAGCUGCCUGUGUCUCCCGUGUUAGUAGUAUUCGUUAGAGUGGACGUGUUGUUGAGAAAGAUGCAGGCUCAGACCAAUUCCUAACAGGACGUUUUAAAACGAUCCCUCCUGUCCGGUUGUGAUGGAGCAGCCACCUGGGAGCUUAGAUGACCUACAGCCUCAAGACCUCUCUACAUCCAGCAUCCCCGCUGUGAUCGACCUGACCAGGAAGGGCGAGGAAUGUGUCCUCAACGGCACCCCCCUCGAUGCUCUGCACAUAGUCAAGAGCCCCGGCUGGUACCCAAACUCGGGGACCAGCAACCCCGGACUACCCUUCUCAGAGACCGGCUCCUCAGAGACCACUCUCCAUUCGGGGGAUCCAAUUGAACCAGACAAUGCCUUCUCUCACACUACAGUCACCCUGUCCUACGUGAGCAGGUCUCACGUCUUCUCCUCUCACGACUCCCUGUCCCGGCAUUCGCCCCUGUACGGUGUGCCGCCUAUCAGCAAGUUGUCCCUCCACUCCCCAUGUGACCUAGAUAAAGGGCUUGAGGAGGAGACUGGCUAUGCACCCAACCAGCACUACUUGGAGCAGGUUGAUGGGCCCAUGGACCUCGCAACUCAGACGCACCUUUUUCAGUCAUUGACUCAGGCUCAGGUGGGACCAGAGAACGAUGAUGGAGUAUGUCUAACGCAGGAGCCUCGGGAGUUAAACGGGGGAGUCAUUUCCAGUGGCAGAGACACACACAAGCAUGGAAAAGGCGAAGAGGAUCAAGGCCUUUUUCUGAAAAAGGGUGAGGGUUUGGAAAAUGGACAGGUUGAUAGCUGCUCGAGUUCAGGAGUACGUGCUGAAUCCUCACCGAAGACGCUCAUCUCUGCCACAGGGGAGGAUGAGGAGAGGGGCAGCUUUAAGGGGCUCUCUCUCCCGUCUAAGAAACAGGACCCAGCGGUUGUCUUGAACAGCAUGGGUGCUAGAGACCUGUGCUCACGAAGCAGGGAGUACAUCAGUCCUCUUGAGGACCCCGUCUCCCCCUCUGCCACCUCACUGGACAAUGUGGAGGAUGUGUUUGUCCUGCCUCAGGCCUCCAGCUCACCCAGCGGUGAUAACUCUUAUCUAGAGACAUUUGAUGAGGUUGUGUUGGAUGGCUUGAGGACAGAGGGGGGCAUUCAGCCAGGCUCUGGCAUAAGCGAUAGCCCCACAAGAUUAGAUUCAAUUGCUGGGACUACGCAGCCUGUCAGUAGACGGAAGGCGGUGUUGGAGCCUUUGAUUGACUUGACAGAUGAUGUUUGUGUGUCAGAUGUUUCAGAAAACAAACCCAAGAUUGUCACUCCUCACAUGAACGGGAAUGCUAAGGCACUACAGAGAACUUUAAAAGAAAAGAAGUUGCCCAUGCGGUCUGGCAGAGGUACAAGAUUAGAGGCUAUAGUUAUGGACAUAAAUUCCAGCCGGUAUAAAGUGUCAGGAUGCAUACGUACCAAUAAGAAAGCAAAGGCUUCCCAGUUGCCGGCUGGUGUUUCUGAGUUAGCCAGUCCUAAGAGGAAAGAGACCCUGUCAGCAGAAAAAAGGAGAAAAAGAGGGAAAGCGCCUUUCUCAGUGAAAACGAGGAAACAAAAAGCAGUAACUUCAAUGAAAAGGGGUAAAACUAAUAACAUGAACACUGACAGUUGCAAAGACUCUACCUCUGAUUCUGAAAUCAAUCUUUCUAAAAAGUCCAACGGCAGCACAUCUUCAAAAAGCCCUCUGUAUUCUGUGCACAAGAAGUCCAAGAGAGGGCCACAGGAUGUUUCCCACCCUCCACAUGACCUACAGACCAGCCCUGUGAGGUCAAAGAGAAAACCACACUCAAGUCAGUUUAAUGUGCAUGAAAACUCAGAGGAGCCAGAGCAUCUAUCCCACCCCGACCCCUCAGUGGAAACUCAUAUGGCAAGAUGUACCCCACCACAAUCAUCAAAAUCUCCAAAGAAAAGCCAAGGCAAAGGCAAGGCCACAGUUAGCCAAACAUCUCCCACUAGCAAGACCAAGAGGGCUGGUACUCGCAAGAGAAGGCAAAAGAAACGCACAUGGAGCCAGUAUUCCUCCAUUUUCUCCCCGAAGGAGCCUGAGAUCAAGUUGAAGUACGUCAACUACAAGGAGGAGAAGAGGGACUAUCGGUUGGACAGUUUCUCUCCAUUCAUCCGUGUGGAGCAUCAGCAGUCAGCAUCAUCGCUGUGUACUAUAAUCAACUACCCAGAAGAGGUGAGGACACAACACAAGAGGGGCCAACAGCAGCAGGUUGUCCUCUGUGGCUUCCUUUCUGCAGUCGUACCCAGCACUUCCUGUUUGCAGCUGGGCCGGGCAUCCACACACUGCCUGCAGCAGCGCGCUCUUGUCUGCUGCCUGUGUGGACAGGCGGCCAAUGCAAUGGACUUAGGGGACCUCCAUGGACCCUAUUACCCGGAGGGAUACCAGCCAAGCACCAAAAGACCAGCAAGCAUGUUGGGCCUCAAAGAGGACGAGGACGACUCCAGCGAUACAGACUCUUCGUCCUGCCGUAUCAGAGGCAGGGGGAGGAAGUGUGCCAUUCCAGCCGCACCCCGGCCCCUGAGGCCGGCAGCUCAGCCGAAGCAGAAGGGUCUGGAGGGCUAUCGGUGGACAGCUAACCAUAAUGGCAGCCCUGCAGCUAAGCGGGCUCGGUCAGACGGCUGCUCUGCUGAUGUGGAGGACUGGUACAGCCCCCCUGUGCUGCCUCUGGAGCCCUGUGAAUACUGGCUCCACGAAGACUGCGGCAUCUGGUCCGCAGGCGUGUUCCUGGUGAAGGGCAAAGUUUAUGGACUGGAGGAGGCUGUCAAGGUGGCCGAGGAGACGAAGUGCUCAGCGUGCAGUGACCACGGUGCUACACUCGGCUGCUUCUUCAAAGGCUGUCCCAAUAAGUACCACUAUAGGUGUGCUCUGGAGUCUGCAGACUGUGUGCUUAUAGAAGAAAACUUUUCCAUGAAGUGUAAAAAGCACAAGACCAAGACAUUCAAAUCCCCUCCAGGGAACCGAUGGAAUGACAGGUGACAGAGCAGAAACCUCAUGAGACAUUCACUUGCAACAUCCAGGUUGGGCUCUCCUUCCCCAUCUGUUGGUAUCCAUGGCAACAUUGGACCAGGGAUCCUCUGACUGACAGCUAGCAUCCGUAAACCUUAACUUCACCCUCUGCUCUUCAACAUCACUGUUAACCACUGUCACCGAACCUCCCUCAGUCCAGUCUGACGGUACUCAAGACACACGCCAAUAACCUCCGCUGACUGGGACGUUAAGUCAUAUGCUGAAUUCAUCAUUUGUGUUUUCACUCUGUAGUUAUUUAUAUAGAUUAUUUUGUUCCUGGAUUAAAUAUGAACAAUCAAAGAUAUUUAAUUUUUUAAGGAUUUUGUAAGUAUUUGAUUAUAUUUGGUUUAUUUAUUCCUGGAGUUCUCUUACAAGCUGUAAAAGAGGUUUGAUUGUGUUUUUAAGUUAUUGGUAAAGCCGUCCAAAGUCAGUCGAGGAGAUGCUGGUCGGUGGAGCUAUGACACUCACUGAACAAGGCACCUGAUUGGAUGUUGUCAACACAACAGAGGUCCGUAGUAAACAUACCACGAUGCAAAAGUCCAGUCUAAACCACAGCCGGACACCUGCACUAAAUGUUGGGCCCAAUUGAUGUCAUUGAGGGGACUGUUUGUUUUAAUGUUUUAUGCAGAAAGCACUUUGGAGUUCACUCCACUAGGGGGACCAGUGAGGCCCAUAAAGCAUGUAUCCAUGGUAACAAAUCCACACACGCACACCAAAAUGCCCUUAUCCUGGAACAGCACGUCUAUUUCAUUUGUGCCAUCCAUAUGUUGUGUGUAUUUUAUAUAUUGGUACGGUGAAAUUUAACGUAAGUUGUUUUCAAUUACAGGCGGUUGUUCACAUUGUACCAAAAACAGGUUUUGGAGUAUGUUUUAUUCUUAUAAAAUGUUUGGAUUAAAACAAAAAGUGUGUUUAAUCUCAGGGCUGGAUCUCAGAUAUUCUAAUGAUUUGAAUAAUGUUUUGUGACUUGGCUUUUGGGCUGGUUAUGUUAACCCAACGUUGACUGGAGCCAUGAUACGUGUAUCAGGAUGUGCUUAUCUGCUCAGAUGCACACCUCAUCACAUUCCAACCCCUCAGUGUGUCUGUCAGUGCUCUGGUGACAUAAGGGUCUAACAUGGGACUUGGACUGCCAACUCAUGGCACUUUUUUUAUGGUCUUUAUUUUAUGCUAUCUUUUUGUACCGUUUUGCUCACCUCUGGGAGCAUCAGAGGUCAUGUCACUGUCAAAAAUAAAUAUUUUGU